UCUACCAACUCGACAAUGAAUUAUUUAAUGUUUUUUGUGCUAUCAGUGAGUGUGCUAACAUCUGAUGCAUGCCAGUUCGGAAGUGAGGCCAUACAGAGAGUCUACGAUAGAUUUGAACUAUUUAAGAAAGCAAAAUCAUUUGAUCCAGCUAACGCAACUGUUCCAUUGGAAAACUAUUUCUUCAUCAACAACAAUGGGGAAAAGAGAUUAUCUGUUCAGAUCAACGGUGUUUAUAUAAUGGAAUUGUAUAAAAGCGAUGAGGAUAAUCAAGUCCAAACCAUAAGCGGACAAUAUGAAGGCCGAGGCGGUGUGAAUCUGAAUUAUAUGCGGGACGAGAAUGGUGCAUUUUCUUUUGAUGAUUGGUCCAAUCACAAGAGAUUUAAAUCGUCACUUCGGAGCAUCGAUGCUGAGCUACCAAAUGACUUCGAGGAGGAUUACAAACAAAUUUUGGUUGAUUUGAAUGCAAUGAGGAAGAAAAUGUUCGACUAUCAUAAUGGUCUAAUCAAGGAGGACCUUGAGCGUGUUCGGUCGUUUAAGUUCUCUCCAUUACCGAACAUCGGAGCGAAUGGUGAUGGAUUCUUUGCCGAAUAUGUCGAAAAUGCUGCGUUAGGCGUAACCGUUUCUAAGUACCACAACAGCGAUGACAUUUUCGGAACAUUUUUGUGUGAGAAUCAGGACCAGAAAUACAAGAUUAUAGAUGGCAAGGUUGUUGCUGAUGGUGAACCAUUCGUUCCAUUUAACACAUUGUAGAUUAACGCGCACGCUGGAACU